UCAAGGCGUAAACACAUUGGCGAUGAAACAGCUCCUCCUCUUGGUGGCACUCCUAGUCACCGUCGUUCAGGGUGGACUUCUUGGUAAACUAUUCCAUCGAGAAUCCACAACCUCGUCCACAACUACAACAACCACGGAGGAGCCACGCCGUCCCUUCUUCAUCAACAACAAUGUGCCCACCAUCGCGGAUGGUUGCCAGGCUCACUUCACCUGCAGCAAGAAGCUCACCCAGGUGCCGGCUCCACGUCCCUGCCUCAAGUACUGCCUGAAGCUGGUCGAGUGUCCUGGCAACCAGAAGACCCGUGGCCAGCCAAAUCAGUGCGUAGAGCUGGAUGAGCAGCAAGUGCGGGAGGCCUACGAGGCAUCCCGGGUGACGCCAGUAGCCGGUCAACCCGUCACCGAGAAAAUCAUGGAGGUGGCCAUGAUCGACUUCCCCUGCCAACCGGGCUAUCUGCCCGACCAUCGAGGACGUUGCCGUGAAAUCUGGUAGGGGUUGCCGGUUGUUCUACCCAAAGGCCGAGCUUCGUGAUACGUGUUUACUGCAUAAUUAUAUACUCGUGGAAUUUCCCUUUAUAAACAUGCAUACUCUAAAUAAUCACAAUAAAACCCGACGAGCAAACAUUGCGCAACGAUCAUCCCCAAGUUCGACACAGUAAAA